AUGUGCGGCUUCUCGGGAUUCGGCAUAUGCCGAUUAAAUGAACUAACUUCUGCUCAAUUUGGAUUCACAAGACAGCUUGUUUUUCGUAUAGCGCUGCCCCAUAUUAGUUUAUUGCUCGCGGGAGUGGGUUAUGUUAUUGUUGGCAGUUGGAUUUUAACAACAUUUCGCUACAUUGAUGACAACACAAUCGAGAAUAAUAACUCAUUAGCAAAACUACUUUAUGAAGAUGAGGAUUCUACUUUGAAAAUGGUAUGGAAUCUGUUUUUCGUUACAACCGCCUUGACAUCCAUAGGAUAUGGCAACAAUGUUCCUGAUUCAGUCCUGGCUCGAAUAUUUUUGAUCUUUUACAUAUCAUUUGGUAUUCCGCUUUUCCUAAUUACUUUGGCUGAUUUGGCUAAAUUCUGCACAGAGUUUAUUAAUCGUUUAUACGCGGAAUUACUAAAGUAUAAAUUUGCUAUGAGUCGUAAAUUCCAAAAUACUUGCGAAGUGCCAGUCAAUAAUAUUAUUAUAGCAGGCGGAGAAGACGAAGUAGCAGAAUUCCUAUGGACCCAUCUCGAAAAUACGCAUUUUGUCGAAGUACCUUUCACGGUUGUUUAUUUUUUAUUAGUACUGUAUAUAAUUAUUGCUAGUUACCUCAUUUCACAAAUCGAAGGAUGGAGCAUUUGCGAUGGCUUUUAUUUUGUCGUUAUUUCAGUGCUUACUAUUGGUUUUGGAGAUUUCGUACCUCAAAAUCAAUCUUUUAUGUUGCUCACUUUAUUCAUUCUAUUAUUCGGACUAAUCUUGACAACUACUUUUAUUGAUGUAGUGGGUGCUUAUUACAUAGAUCGACUGCAUUUUUUUGGACGUAAUCUCGACACUGAGAAUCCACUUGACUGGCUAAAAGCAGUUCAGCAGCAACGUAUCAAUAAAAUGAAACGUGAAGCGAUGCGCAAACUUUUCGAGACUGUUACUGCCUUGCAGCAUAUGCAAUUUAAUUUUCAACAGCUGGAACAAAAUGAAGCCCAACUAGGAAACGUGCUGUCAAUAAAUGCACCUGAUCCUCCGAGAAAUUUACGAGCAUUCAGUUCGAGAGCGGAUUCUGUUACUCUUUUAUGGGAUCCGCCUUCGCAAGACAAUGAAGAAAAACGAUUCUGGUAUACAAUCACAUAUAGAAAAAGAACACCUCAGGGAGACAAUAAUCCAGUAACAUUUAUUGAAUUCAUCAAUAAAGAAGAAUACGUGGUAACAGGCCUUCAAUCCUUUACCCUCUACUCAUUUUCUGUUGCCACAACAACGAGAUUUGGAAGUAGUAAACCCGUUAUAUGUCAAGAGUAUACAGAACCAUGCACAGUACCUCAGUCGUUGGCAAUAAUAGCAGUAACUCGUGAUACCGCAACACUUUCGUGGACAGCACCAAGGAAAAACAUUGGACAGGAAAAUUACUUCAUUCUGUUUAGCAAAGAGCCAGCACCACAGUUUAGCUUGUGGAAACGGUGUAAUUGUGGUAACGUUAGAUAUUUUACUAUUACUGAGCUCUCGUAUAUGAUAUGCGUAGCAGCAGAGCAUAAUUCAGGCUUUGCAUAUAUGUCGAAAAGCUUGCGAUUCAAAACAAACAAUACUAAAAGGUUGAUUUUAAACAUUUUCCAGAUAUUUGCUAACCGAUGUCAACUGUGA